CAAAGAUUCCAGUGGACAUUACUAGUUGUGCACGGUUAAAUCCUGUAAGAUUCCCAGUUCUGCAUAUUUUACCAUUCUUCUCUCCUAAACACAUCUGAUUAAUCAGGCAUGUUAUGCCAUCUUAAUUGUCCUCUGUGAUAAUGUUGCAGGAGCAGAAUUAAGGUUUGCUGCUUUCAACAGUCUUGUUUUCUCCUAAUCACACCAGGAAAUUCAACCAUGGAGACUCGAUUUUCUCAGCUGCGUCAACGGGACAACAGUGUGUUGAUGCUGAGGGUCAAAAUGUCCCGUAGGAGGUCUCAGUCCCAGAAGGAGAACCGGGAGAGGGCCAUAAACACACGUCGGAAUAUUAACCAGCUCCCUGUCUUGGAAUGCUCCUCCUUGGACUUGUCUAUGGCGAGGACUAACAUGUCAAUCGUCCAGGAGAAUGUCCAGAGUGCUGCAAAAAUUGCUAAACUCAAGGCGGCAGAAGAGAAGAUGAAACAGCUGGAGCGCUGGAAGGAGCGUAAGGCUCUACAGAAGGAAAAGCGAGAGAGGGAGCGCAGAGAUGUAUUUAAGACGGGUCUGUAUCGUCCAAAGGACACCCUUAUGUUUGUCUCUCUGCCACCGGUCCCACCAGGAUUUAAGGAGAGUAUGCGGACGACUCGUUCUAUGAAACAGCAGCAGAAGUGUCCACAGCCAGUAAAAACACAGAGACAUACUGCUGCGAACAAAGUGGAAAGAACAACCAGGAGCAGAGCAGCAGCUGCUGCUGCCAAUCCGGCACCAGCACCGCUGCUGACCAGUACCAGAGUCUGUGCAGUGGACCCCACCAUACGUACUUUGUCCAUCCGAUCAGCCAACAGGCCUCCAGUUGUGGCUGUUCCUUCGGUGAAAGACAACCCAAAGAACAAGUCUGCAGAUUUAAGAUCUGCACGGACCAAAGCGAACAUUACCGCUAAUGCCCCCUAUUCUGACAGGAAAAGGAACUGCAGCGCAUCCGUUAAUAAGCCGUCUGCACCUAAGGAGUCCAAGCAGAAUCCUUGUCCUUCCAGUCCGACACCCUGCACUAUGGCGGCGGACCCCGUCCCCGCUGGAGAUAAACCUUCUUCAGCUUUGUCCUCGUUCGCUCCUGAAGGCUUCACAUUCGAGGCCCCCAAGGGUUUGUCAUCCUUCAGAUUUGAGCCGCUCACCCCUCGCUCUGCGGACGCCUUCCUCAUGCCAAGCUGCAGCUUCAGUUUUCCUCCAGCCCCGGUGCUGAGCUUUGAUCAUCCGGCCGGGUCCAGUCAAGCUUCUUCUACUAAAGCUCGUCCUUGUCCGUCUUCCAUGCUGACAGAUAAAAUUCCAGUCACACCCCAGGGAUUGAAGCGCGAUGUGCCUUAUUUCAGGUCUGAAAUUGCUAAUGAGACUGAGAGGUUGAUGAGUCUCUGCGGCUGCUGGGAGCCAAAAGUAGAAGACGAGUCGAUCACCGAAGAGAUGAGAGACCAGAUGCGUACAGCUGUUGGACAAGCAAGGCUGCUGAUGAAGGAGCGUUUUAAACAGUUCAGCGGUCUGGUGGACGACUGCGAGUUCAGACGAGGAGACAAAAUUACCACCUGCACUGACCUGCAGGGGUUCUGGGACAUGGUUUAUUACCAGGUGGAGGACAUCAACAGGAAGUUUGAUGCUCUCAAAGAAGCAGAGGCUCGAGGGUGGGUGGAGGAGGAGAAGCCGCGUCCCCAGCAGAAGAAAGUCAUAAAGAAACAACCUGCAGUAGUGAAGUCAGCAGGGACCAAAGCGGCCGCCAAGUCUCGGCUGGCGGCCGCUAAAGCAGCCAUGAAAGCCAGACAGCAGGGGACUGAGGCGGAGAAAGCAGCCGAUGCAGAGAGCGACCUCAGAGUGAGCUGUGAGGAGGCGGGGCAGAUAAACACUGUGGUCGUCCACGGUGACAGUCCAACCAAAGCACCAGGUUCGGUGAGGAGAUCCAGCCGUCUGAAUGGCGUCGCGCAGCCUCGUCCGUCUCCCUGCGGCGUGUAUCACACACCACGAGUCACACGGCAAUCCACCGCAUUAUCACGGACCCCAGUUCACACACCACUUCCUGCCUCUCCCGCUCAGCUCUCAAAGUCCAUUCAGGAGGAGGUUCCCUCUCCUCUGGUAGUACAGGACCCCGUGGACACCCCGGAGCCCACAGGGGCAACUCCUGACAACUCUGUUAUCGAGGACAUUCCUGGUCUGGACUUUGAGCUUUACCUCCAGCCCUCACAGCAGUGCAGUCUGUCUCCGAGAGAAAGAGUAGACAGCAAGACACUGUCCCCGAUGACAGUGGAUGUAGAAUUCAAGAGCCCCGUGAGUCGGUCUGAGGACGUUCCAACGCAGCAUGUACCUGCUUUGUCUCUGACACCUGCAGAUUUGCCUCGUCAGUCGCUGCAGGCCCACACAGCGGAGUCCACAAUGCUUCUCUUCACUCCCAACUUGAAUGACAGAAUACGGCAAUCUGUCUGUCCCAGUGACCUCAUGGUCUUCACACCUCCUUCAGCUGUGUAGCAUUUUAGCUUUGAGAGGCAGGGACUGUUAUUUACCUGUUUUAGUUAGAUAUAUGCUCAUAUUUAACUUUUUGAAUACUGGGGCAUUGCUGAAAAAGAAUCACAUAAUAAAGGUUUAGGAAGAAAAUGGUUGUUUUGCAACUGAGUGAGUGGUGUGUAUUUAAAUUUACAGUGUGUAGUCUGUGUUUGAGGACACUGUUGCCGCAGCAGUUGUUAAACGGAUAAAUCACUCUUUAUUAAUAAAGCUAACUCUUGUUAACAUACAGCCAUUAAUUAGGGGGUGCAUCGUUGUAU